AUGCCAAGCUCAAGUCGUACAACACAAGAUCCAAUUCCAUCAGUAGAUGGACUUGAUCGUAUUUACUCAAAACAAAGAUUAGCAAAAGAAGGAAAAAGAUGGGAUUCAUUACAUACACAAUUCAAAGAAGAAUUUGACGGUGAUUCACCUCACUUUAUCGCCCGUGCUCCCGGUCGUGUAAAUUUGAUGGGUGAUCAUGUUGACCACAUGCGUUUUAGCUGCUUGCCUGCCGCAUUGGAAAUUGAUAUCUUGAUGGCCGUUCGCGUUCAUACAACUUCGGCAGAGGACAAGGAAGGUGAAAAACGAAUGGUCAGAUUCAACCUUCACAACACAACAAAACGCUUCGAACCAAUCACAUUCGAAAGUGAUUUGGCAGACCCAGAAUCCGUUCAACUUUUACACGAAGGUGGUGCUCGUUGGGCAAAUUACUUCAAAGUAGCAUACAAAGGUCUUUAUCCACAUUUACCAGAGCAUAUCCUGAAUGCACAAACAAGACCUACACAAAUCGAUGUCUUGGUCGACGGCACAAUUCCUCCAGAAAGCAGUUUGAGCAGUAGUGCUGCUAUGACAACAUGCAGUUCAAUCGUCGUUUUGGAAGCAUUCCAAGCACGUAACUUGAUCGGAAGACGUGAGAUGGCAGAAGUUGCAAUCGAAUCAGAGCGUUUGGUCGGUGUAAAUUCGGGUGGUAUGGAUCAAGCAGCAUCAAUCUUUGGCGUUACUGGUAGCGCUCUACAUAUCUCCUUUGAACCCGAGCUGGACGCAGUUCCAACCAAAUUGCCCGUCAGCAAGCCACCACAUGUCUUGCUGAUUGCAAACACGUUGGUCGUAUCAGACAAAAAGGUGAUGGGACCCGUGCAAUAUAACCUUCGAGUAUGUGAACUAAUGAUGGCCUGCCGUGCGUUAGCAAAGAAGUUUGAUCUACCACAAGAUGAAUCCACAAGACUACUAAAGCCUUUGACAGAUGUAUACUUUGCCAAAAAUCCUCUCAAGCAAGGAGAAGUGCAAGGAGAGGUGAAGGAAAGUUGGGAAAAGUGGGGAGAAGAAGCAGCACAAUUGGUUCAUCUUCGAGAACUAUGCUCAAAAGCCUUGCCUGAACAUGCUCUUUCUCGCGCAGAAGUCGAAGAAGUGACAGGUAUCAAAGGAGGAGCAUACGAAAAACAAUUCUUAUCACAAUUCCCAGUCAGAGCAGAUACAUUCGCACUUGGUAAACGUGUUCAACACGUUUUCAACGAAUCCCUAAACGUUUUACGUUUCAAGUCUGUCUGUCAAGAGGGCGGAGAAGGAUCAUACAAAGAAUUAGGCAAUAUCAUGCAUGCAUCUCAACAAACACUUUUCAACGUUUAUGAGAACGCAUGCCCAGAACUCGAAGCUGUUUGUCAAUUGGCCGAAUCGAACGGAGCUUUGGGUUGCAGACCAACAGGUGCAGGAUGGGGAGGAUCAACUGUUUCUUUGGUUGAACAAGGAAAUGUGGAAAAAGUUAUCAAUGCACUGCGAACUGGUUAUUAUGCCAAGAAAUAUCCAAAUAUGACUGAUGAAGAAUUCGCUGAUGCUGUCCUUGUCAGUCAACCAGCACAAGGUGCUUGUAUUUAUGCCAUCUGA